UAAUACUGGACACGUCACAUGUCGAAUGCUAAAUAGUACGAAAUAUAUUUCGUUUCUAUAACAUCCUUCAGUUAUGCUAGAGGUCAAAAUAGUGGAAAGCUAGGCUAAAUGUUGGGAAUUUAUAACUACUCUCACGUGAUAAGACGAUUGACGUCAAUUUCUAGCGACGACAUUCAUAGUUCACCAGACCCCUGUUUGUAUUAAUUGUAGAAAUGUGAAAUCAGGGGAAAUAUGACGUCAUCACAGAUGCGUUUUAAACUGAAAUAACAGAAUGUUUCAUUUCAAUCCACAAUGACCUUUAACCUUGAUAACGUUAAACGGCAUAACCUGAGCUCAUCAUAGCCAUUAGUUUACAUGCCUUUCUUUUGACUAUUAAUUGCAGGAUGUCUUGACUAUAAUUAGCUAUGUUUCACAAGUGUUAAAACACAUAUAAACAAGUGCGUAUUUAUACAUAUAUUUUUCGCAGUUAACAUUAUACGCGUUUUUGAAAAAAUGAAUAAACUAUCUUUGAAUAAUAGCUUUAUAUCUAAUUUACAUUAUAUAUGCCCAUUUUUGUUAAACAUGUAUCUUAAUGUCAACUAAAUCAUUUUGUAUGCAAAUUAUUCUAUAUCUAUCUUACUGCCAUCACAUUUAUUAUUUCAUUUGGUGUUGCAGGAGACAGAUGCCGGAGUGGGCAGACGAUAUACGAGGAAAAUUGUAUCAUUAUACAGUAAAACAUUUGAGGACUGUCUAACAAAUACGUUCUGUGAAACAGGUGUAGCAGCUCAAACAGUAAAAUCGUGGAUUGUAGUAUAAAAACGUGAAUGUCAUUCAUGCUGAUGUGUGUGGAUAUCAGCCAUCCUCCAUCAAAUAAAACUGACAACAUUUCCUUAUUCGUGAUCUGAUUGAAAAAUAUUGACAAAAACUUCAUACGGGAUUGUCCAUUGUUCUGUACGAAUGAUGUGUGCUUCACACGCGGCUUAAGACAUCAAUCAUAUCCAAGUUGGUUACUUGUAAAUACACAGUAACACUGGUUUGUUCAGCCAAUACUUGGCAUCGUUCAUUGGAAUUUGUAUGGACCAAUAUUUACCUGGAAGUUCCACCAAGGUGUUAUUGUUUCCAGCAUGUUGUGCGCCUGCUGAGGAUAUAAAGAAACCAACAUUUGCUGGUGAAGAAGUACAAUUUAGAGUGUUGUGUUGACAAGAAACUCCAGACAGUGAUGGAGAAGUCCAGUAACUCAAGCAACGGAUCCUCCUGGAGUCUGACCUCGGUCUCACCUCUGUUACAUAGGCAGAAACAAAUGUCUGGGUCAACGUCAUCCCUUCCUUCCGAGAGUAAGGUCGACAUCAACACUAGAGACAAAAAAGGCAGAAACUCAUUGUUCUAUGCAGCACGAAACGGUGAUGUUCAAGUCGCGAAGAAAUUUCUGGAAUCGGGGGGAGACAUCAACAGGGCCGACAACUUUGGUGUGACCCCCCUGCACGAAGCCACGGAGAGGUCACAGAUCGAUAUCAUAGAUAUUCUCAUCCAGUUUGAUUGUAACCUGAACGUGAAGAACAUUCUAGGACAGACGCCAUUAAUGAGGGCGGUGUUGUAUGAUGACCUGGACGUAGUAAAAAUCCUCAACAAGGCAGGUGCAGAUUUGAAUGAAAGAGACUGUACGGGGAAAACCGCACUAAUGAUUGGCUUACAAGAGAGCCGCGAGGAUGUGAUUACGUAUCUGUUACAUUCUGGAUGUAACGUCCAUCUCCAAGACAAGCUAGGACAAACGGCGCUAUAUAUAACCAUGAAGGAAGCCAAGCGAGUAUGCAGUGAAAUUAUCCGUAAGCUAUUAAAGGCGGGCUAUGAUUACAACAGAGAUUCCCAUUGGCUCAAACCCUCGGAAAUAGAAGAUUUACAGAAACUUGAAAUGGAAUCACAUCAUCACUCUGGCAUCCUACACAAGAUAGCAUCAAAAGUAAAGGGGAAACACCACACUCACCAAAACAAAACGGAGCCGUCGGAAAAAGAUUAAUUAGAAUUGUGGCUUUGCUUCGCCAAUGAUACAUUCUACAAACUUGUCAAAUAUAACUUGUUAAAUAAUGUGUAAAAAUGUUAUAUAAAUACUCAUCGUGAUCAUAAAACGUG